AUGCGCGCGCCGACGACGACGCACGGGUUUAGGCUCGUCAGGGAGGAUUACAUCGCGGAGUACGACGCGAAGGCGUUCUUGUUUAAGCACGAAAAAACCGGCGCGGAGGUGAUGUCGUUGAGCAAUGAGGAUGAGAAUAAAACGUUCGGGGUGACGUUUCGAACGCCGCCGAGUAACUCGACGGGGAUACCGCACAUUUUGGAACACUCGGUGCUGUGCGGGUCGAGAAAGUAUCCGAUCAAGGAACCGUUCGUGGAGUUGAUCAAGGGGUCGUUGAACACGUUUUUGAACGCGAUGACGUGGCCCGAUAAGACGGCGUAUCCGGUGGCGUCGUGUAACUUGCAAGAUUUCAGAAACUUGACGGACGUGUACCUGGACGCGGUGUUUCAUCCGCGGUGCAUCUCGAACGAAAAGACGUUUGAGCAAGAGGGGUGGCACUACGAGCUCGACGACGCGAGCGGGCCGAUGACAUUCAAGGGGGUGGUUUUCAACGAGAUGAAGGGGGUGUAUUCAUCGCCGGAUUCCGUGCUCGCGCGCGAGUGCCAGCAAGCGCUUUUUCCAGACAACACGUACGGCGUGGACUCGGGCGGCGACCCCACGGUGAUUCCCGAGUUGACGUUUGCCGAGUUUAAGGAAUUCCACGCCAAGUUUUAUCACCCGAGCAACUCGCGCAUGUGGUUUUACGGCGACGACGACGUGGAGGAGCGCUUGAAAAUUUUGGCGUCUUUCCUUGACGAGUUCGAUCGUCGCGAAGUGGACAGCACGAUCGCUACUCAAAAGUUUUUCACCGAGCCUCGACGCGUCGUCAAGACGUACUCCACGGGCGAGGGCGAGGACGCUCAAAAGUCCUUCGUCCAAGUCAACUGGUUGCUCAGCGAAGAGCCGUUCGAUCCCGAAACUGGCCUCGCCGUUGGUUUCUUGGACCAUUUAUUGAUGGGUUCGCAAUCUGCACCGCUUCGCUUGGCGCUCGAAGAGUCUGGUCUCGGUGAAGCCAUCGUCGGCUACGGAUUGGAGGACGAGCUCCGCCAGCCGACGUACGCGCUCGGCUUGCGAGGCGUGGCGCAAGAAGACAUCCCAAAGGUUGAAAAGCUGAUUCACGACACCAUCGCCGCGAUCGCGGAGGAAGGUUUCUCGAACGAAGCGAUCGAAGCGGCGAUUAACUCGAUCGAAUUCAGCUUGCGCGAAAACAACACUGGUCGGUUCCCGCGAGGUUUGUCGCUCAUGUUCCGCUCGAUGAGCACGUGGCUGUACGAGGGCGAUCCUUUCGAGCCGCUGCGAUUCGAAGAACCGCUCGCGAAGCUUAAGGCUAGAAUCGCCGCCGGCGAUAUCUUCCGUCCUCUGAUGCGUCGAUUGCUCAUCGAAAACACGCACCAAGUCACCGUCGAACUCAACCCGGAUUCCACGCUCGCCGAAAAAGAGGCGGCGGAGGAACAGAGUAAGCUGGACGCUAAGCGCGCGAGCAUGACCCCGGAAGAGCUCGAAAAGAUGGUGCAAGCGACGAAAGAGCUCAAGGAGCUCCAAGAGACGUCCGAUUCUCCCGAAGCGCUCGCUUGCGUGCCCACGCUCGCCAUCAGCGACAUCCCGAAGGAGGCCAAGGGCAUCCCCACGGAUAUCUCCGCCGUCGGCGCCACCAAGGUGUUAACGCACGACUUGUUCACGAACGAUAUCUUGUAUGCCGAGCACUUGCUCGACCUGAAGACGGUGCCGGCACACUUGUUGCCGCUCAUCCCGCUGUGGACUCGCGCUCUCGGUCGCAUGGGCACCAAGACGAAAUCUUUCAUCGAAUUCGAUCAGCUCAUCAGCGCGCAAACGGGCGGCAUUUCCGUGUCUCCGUUUACGUCUGGCAUGCGCGACUCGGAUGAGAUGGCAGCCUUCAUGGUCGUUCGCGGUAAAGCCACGAGCGACAAAGUUGGCGUGAUGCACGAACUCAUGUCCGAACUCAUGCUCGAGGCGAAGUUUGACGACAAGAACAUCUUCAAGCAACUCGUGCUUGAGACGCGCGCGGGGAUGGAAUCUCGCGUGCAAGGCUCGGGCCACAGCGUCGCCGCCGGUCGCCUUGAUGCCCAAGACUCGGUCGCGGGCUGGGUGAGCGAACAGAUGGGGGGGUUGGCGCAGCUCGAUUACCUUCGUGAGCUCGUGAAGCGCGUCGACAACGACUGGGACGGCGUGUUGGCGGAUCUUUACACGAUUUCGGCGUGCCUGAACAACCGCGCUGGAAGCGUCACCAACUUGACGGCGGAUGCAAAGACGCUGGAUCUCUCCAUGCCUUCGGUCGAGGCGUUCUUGAACUCUUUACCCGCCACGGGCGCUGGCAAGUCUGAACAAUGGACCGGGAUCAACGCCAAGCAAAACGAAAUCCUCACCGUCCCGACGCAAGUCAACUACGUCGGCAAGGCGGCCAACUUGUACAAGGCGGGGUACGAACUUCACGGAAGCUCUUACGUCAUCAACAAAUUGCUCGGCACGACGUGGUUGUGGGAUCGCGUGCGCGUUUCCGGCGGUGCUUACGGCGGCUUCAGCGAUUUCGACUCGCACAGCGGUAUGUUCACCUACCUCUCCUACCGCGAUCCGAACUUGUUGAAGACGCUCGACAACUACGACGCCACCGUUGACUUUUUGCGCAACCUCGAAAUCGGCAAGGAGGAGCUCACGAAGAGCAUCAUCGGUACCAUCGGCGACGUCGACUCGUACCAACUUCCCGACUCAAAGGGUUACACCGCGUUGAUGCGACACUUGCUCAAGGUGACGGACGAAGAGCGUCAAGAGCGUCGUGAUCAAAUUUUGGGCACGACGCAAAAGGACUUCAAGGACUUCGCCGACGCGCUCGAAACCGUGCGUGGCGCCGACGCGACGAGCGUCAGCGUCGCCUCGGUCGAGGCGGCGAAGACCGCCGUCGCCGAACGACCGGAUCUCAACUUUGUCGUCAAGAGCGUUAUGUGA